CUCGUAAAAUCGACGUAAAUUUACGAGGAUUGUUUUUCCUCGUUAAAUUUCCUCGUUAAGCAUGUGUUUUCUUGCGGUGUACAUACAUAUCACAAGACUGAAUUUUUUUAACAUGAGAUUAGAUAAAGUUGAAAAAAAGAGAUUUGAUAAAAGUUCAUUUUAAUACGGUGGAGCCGUUGGGUGAAAAGUAAGUUAGCCAAUUAGUAGACAAGUGUAAAGGCACAUUAUGGGCGAAGGAGACAGAGGAACAAGUGGCCUUCUCUGCCUUAUUUACUACAGUUUUAGAUUGAUAUUUUUUAUUAAUGUGCGUGGACGGCCAAUGACGUUUAACUUCCUUUUCACCUUCUUCUUUCUUCCUUUUUGUUCCGUCUUAAAAAAUAAGCAUAAAGAAACAAAGAAGAUCCUUGGAGAUCUGCACGUCUUCGUUUCUAGAAACAGCUGUGGUUGUCUUAAACCAUAUUCAUUGUGACUUCUUGUAUCUUUUCUCGAAUAGAUGUUCUCCCAAGUGUCAAUAUAUGAGGCUCUGAGAGGUGUAUUCAUACCGCUCAACCAAUCCACUAGAGACUCAAAAUGUUGUCUUACCACCACCAACUCUCAAGUAGUGUUCUGUCUCUGCCUGCUUAAGUUUUUGUAGAUUAGAUGGAAAACAAACCAAGUGUCUUGACCGAUAAAUACGAAGUCGGAAGGUUACUAGGCCAAGGCACUUUCGCCAAAGUCUACUACGGAAGGAGUGUUCAUACUAACCAGAGCGUUGCCAUCAAAAUGAUCGACAAGGAAAAAAUUAUGAAAGUUGGGCUUAAAAACCAGAUCAAGCGAGAGAUAUUCGUAAUGCGUAUAGCUAAACACCCCAACGUAGUGGAGCUAUACGAGGUCAUGGCAACAAAAACAAGAAUCUACUUCGUCAUGGAGUACUGCAAAGGCGGAGAGCUUUUCAACAAACUCGCCAAAGGAAAACUGAGAGAUGACGUCGCUUGGAACUACUUUUACCAGCUCAUCAACGCGGUUGAUUUUUGCCACAGCAGGGGAGUGUAUCACCGUGACAUCAAGCCGGAGAAUCUAUUGCUUGAUGAGGACGACAAUCUCAAGGUGUCUGAUUUUGGUUUAAGCGCCCUUGCUGACUGCAAGGGACAAGAUGGUCUCUUGCACACCACUUGUGGCACUCCUGCUUAUGUUGCUCCUGAAGUGAUUAAUAGAAAGGGAUAUGAUGGGACAAAGGCAGAUGUUUGGUCUUGUGGGGUGGUUUUGUUUGUUCUGUUGGCUGGUUAUCUCCCUUUCCAUGACUCUAACUUGAUGGAGAUGUAUAGGAAGAUAGGAAGAGGAGAGUUUAAGGCCCCAAGCUGGUUUGCACCUGAAGUAAAGAGACUCUUGUGUAAGAUGCUGGACCCUAACCCUGAAACAAGAAUCACUAUUGCCAAAAUAAGAGAGAGUUCUUGGUUUAGAAAAGGUUUACACAUGAAAGAGAAAAAGAUGGAGAAACGAGUCGAAGAGAUGAGUUCAGAGGAGAGCAAUACAGACCAGCCUACAAGUAUAAACGCUUUUGAUGUAAUUGCAUUGUCUGCUAGGUUUGAUUUGUCAGGACUUUUUGGUGACGUGUAUGACAAGCGAGAGUCUAGAUUCACAUCUAAGAAGCCUGCUUCAGUGAUCAUAUCUAAGCUGGAGGAAGCGGCGCAACGGUUGAAGCUGAGGAUAAGAAAGAGAGAAGCAGGUUUGUUCAAGCUGGAACGUUUGAAGGAGGGAAGGAAAGGAGUACUGUCGAUGGAUGCGGAGAUAUUUCAAGUGACGCCGACGUUUCAUAUGGUGGAAGUGAAGAAAUGUAAUGGAGAUACUCUGGAAUAUCAAAAGUUGGUGAAAGAGGAUCUUAGGCCUGCUCUUGCUGAUAUUGUUUGGGUUUGGCAGAGCGACAAAGAUGAGGAGUUGGUCUCUGCUUCACAGCAAGAGAUAGAACAGCAACAGGAGGAAGAAUCGUUGUAGUUUUGAGAAGUUUUGUUCCAGUUUUUGGAUAUUCUUAGCUCUGAUGCUAAAACGUAUAUGAGUUUCUUACCAUUUCCGUUUGUGAUAAAGAUAGGAAAAGCUUUUUGAUAAUUUGGAGAAAGUGCAGUUCUGAAGAUAGGAAAAGCUUUUGAUGCCAGCUCCUGAUCUUGAACUCACCAUCAUCUGUAAUCAUUAAACAUUAAUCCUCUUCCUUCUAUGGUAAGGGGUUAGGUGAAACCAAUGUUCUAAAAAUCUCUUGCCGGUAACUAGGCGCUUUAUAGAGGACUAGAGACUAGACAGAUUAUUUGAAGCUAGACGAGACCUAGGCUUUUGCAAAUUUUUUAUUUAUUUUAUAUAUAUUAUAUAUUUAAAUGACACGUUUUAGUUUUUAAGUCUAAUUAUAAAAUUAUUAUGAUAAAUUAUUGAAAAUUAGAUUAUACAAAACAAAAGAAAUUAGACAAAUUUGUAGAUUUGUAAUAACAUUAUUGAUUAAUUUAACAUAUUCAGAUUAAUUUUAGAUCAAUUUAAAUCGAUUUAAACCGACUUAGAA